AUGGUGCAUGUAGAACCAGACGAUGGAUAUGUUAACAGUGUUGGGAUUUUUCUGCAUCCUGGGGAAGAGGUAGCCAAGAUUGAUCUAAGGUAUGCUCUUUCAUGGGAUUAUUUGCUGGAGGAAAAGUGGUACCUUGAAGAUCCUCUACACAAUAUCUUUGUGGUUGAGUUCAACAAAGACUUAAACAAUCCUGCUCUCCAAAAAGGUUGGAAGUCACUGUCAGAGUUCUAUGGUCUAUCAGGAAAACACUGGUGUAUGUUGAAGAUGGUUGUUCCAUGUCAUUUUCACAUGAGCAUUUCUGCUGAAGCUGGGGGAGAGAUUCUGUACUAUCGUAUGGAAGUGCCUGAUUCACCACCGUUGUUUCUCCCAGAAGAUGUGGACCACUUUUUUGCUGACUUUUCACCAAGCAUUGAUGAAUAUUUGCCUGAGCUUCAUCUGGAUCAAGUUGUUCCAGAAGUGAACUCAUCACCGGUCUCUGUGCUGUGCAAUGAAGUCCUUGAUGACCAGGUAGUCCCGGAGGCUUUGCCUGCACCAAAUGGGCUGCCUGAAGGUGUUGUGCUUCAAUACCAUAUGGGUUUAAACAGUACUAUAACCCCCUAUAGAGCUUAUGGGAGUCAGUAUACCUUGCCACGUAGGGUUGCGCUUUAUGUUCAUCGGCACGGUCUUGAGCCCUGGGUGUUAAGAGGGCCGUCUGGGAUCUCUAGGAGUAGGAGGAAGCAAUUAAUGGCAAGGAAGAGGAGUUCUGAGGAAAUGUCUCAGAAUAAAGCUGGUAGUAGUAGUAUGGAAGUUACAAAGGUGAGGAAGAAUUAUUCAAGGUCCCCUCUGUCAGAUAUUACCAACAACUUGACAAAAGGAAACGGUUUAACUUUGAGCGCAAGUGAUUUGGGUAGUUCUGUGAAUGGCAUGUCAUUCAGAUCCACUGUAACUUCUACAAGCAGGUUACUUGGCAAUGGAUUUUCUCAAUAUAGGUUAUCUUCAACUCCGUUAUCCACAUCUCCAGGUGGCAUCUCCAAUGUUGUAAAUAAUAGUGUUGAUUUUAGUGAGAAAAAACGGCAGUGUGUGUUUGCAAGGGCUAGGAGAUUACAUUAUAUAAGAAGUAAAUGUAGGAGCCAUGAUGCUGGUAAGGAAAGAUUGGUAGCUUUGCGUAAGGACAAAACUCUUUGCAAACAAGGUAACAAUUCAAAGCGGUUGAAUAUAAAGCAACGAUAUGAAAGGAGCAAUGUGAAGAAAAAUUAUCUGCAUCAAAGAUCUGACUCAAGGCACUAUAUAGGAAAGUCAUCAAAUGGAACCGUUGUUGACACUACUUGCAUAAUGGGUGGCUCUGUGCGUGUUGGAUUAGGAAAUGACUCAGCACCUUCAGAGUCACAGUGCUUGGAUCAACUAUAUCAAGACUCUGAGUUAUUAGAUGAGAUAGACCUUGGGGAUGCGUCUUAUACAUGUCGUUAUUGUGAUGCUCACAUGUGGUACGAAGAAAGAAUUGCUAAAAGUAAGCGGAGUAUAAGACCUGAAUUUUCGCUGUGUUGCAUGAAAGGUAAGGUUGUGUUGCCAUUGUUAUCUAAACCUCCCUUGGUGUUAUACAAUUUGUUACAUGGAAUCGAUCCCCGAAGUAAACAUUUCAAAGAUAACAUUAGAGCAUAUAAUAGUAUGUUUGCUUUUACUUCAAUUGGUGGAAAAGUAGAAUCUGCUGUGAAUAAUGGUGGAGGUCCACCUCAAUUUGUCUUGAGUGGUCAAAAUUAUCAUAGAAUUGGGACUUUGCUACCUCAAGGUGGGCAAGCGCCAAAAUUUGCACAGCUCUAUAUAUACGAUACGCAAAAUGAAAAUCUGAACAGAAUGAAGCCUUUCAUUGAUGGGAAGAAAGGGGACAAGUUGGAUAUAUCUUUAGUGAAUGAUCUUAAGCAAAUGAUUGAUGAAAACAAUAUACUUGCGAAGACUUUUCGCAAGGUGCGAGAUUAUGUAAUGUCUAAUGAAUCAACACCAAUUGCCUUGAGACUAUUUCGAAAAAGAGGAAAGGAUCCUCGAACCUAUAAUCUUCCUACAUGUGAUGAGAUUGCAGCGCUUAUUAUUGGUGACUUUGAUAACAUUGAGGUUGGUAGAGAUAUUAUUGUGAAAAAAGAUGGAGUACUUUCUCGGAUACAUGAAACUCAUACAUCAUUUAUUCCAUUACAAUAUCCAUUGGUAUUUUCUUACGGGGAAGAUGGAUGGCAAGAAGAUAUUCCUUUAAGUGGUGUAUCCGCAUCUACUAGCACUAGGUUGAAACCUCGCGUGACAUUGAGAGAGUUCAUAACAUUUAGGAUUCAAGAAAGAGAUUUGGAGCAUGGUAAUGUUCUAUUAUGUAGAAGGCUUUUUCAACAAUUUUUGGUAGAUUGUUUUACCAUGAUUGAAUCUCAAAGACUUUCUUUUGUUCGAAAUAACCAAAAGUUGAUUCGAGCUGAUUUCCUAAAUGGUAUUGAAGAAGCUAUGGAUCGAGGAGAAACUGACGCGGGUUCUUUGGGAACACGUAUUGUAUUGCCGUCAUCAUUUGUUGGCGGAAGGCGUUAUAUGUUUGAUUGUUGUCAAGAUGCAAUGGCAAUUUGCAAGCGAUACGGCUAUCCUGAUCUCUUCAUCACUUUUACUUGCAAUUCUGUAUGGAAAGAAAUUGAUAGGUUUGUACGAGCAAAAAAUCUUAGACCUGAUGAAAGGCCCGAUAUAUGCUGUCGGGUUUUCAAGAUGAAAUUGGACCAUUUAGUUAGUACUUUGAAAAGUGGUAUUAUUUUUGGACCUUUAGAUGCAGGUAUGUACACAAUUGAAUUCCAGAAGAGAGGUUUACCGCAUGCUCAUAUCCUACUAUGGUUGUCAAAGGACAACAAGUUAGUAACAACUUCUGAUAUUGAUAAAUGCAUAUCUGCUGAAAUUCCUGAUCCUAUUUUAUAUCCCAAAUUGAACAAAGUUGUUUGCAAUUAUAUGUUGCAUGGUCCAUGUGGACGUGAAUUUUUAAAAUCUCCAUGCAUGUCUGAAGGUAAGUGCACCAAGUUUUUUCCAAAAAAAUUUCAAGAAAGCACUGUUAUUGAUGAAGAUGGUUAUCCUUUGUAUAAAAGGAGAGAUACUGGAAUUUAUGUUGAGAAGAAAGGUAUUCGCAUGGAUAAUAGUUUUGUUGUUCCUUAUAAUCCUCAAUUAUUAAUGCUAUACAAUGGUCAUAUCAAUGUUGAAUACUGCAACAAAUCUAAUGCAAUCAAGUAUCUUUUCAAGUAUGUGAGUAAAGGUCCUGAUCGAGUAAAUUUGGAGAUUACCAAUCAGAAAGAGGAUGGGUUGGAAAUUGAGGUAAAAGAUGAAAUUAAGCAAUAUUAUGACUGCAGAUACCUUACCCCAUGUGAGGCUGUUUGGAGAACAUUUAAAUAUUAUAUUCAUGUCAAGUGGCCUGCUGUGUUGAAGGUGACUUUCCAUCUUCAGAAUAAUCAGAGUGUUUGUUUUGAAGACAAUGAUAAUUUACAAUAUGUUGUUGAAAAGGCUGCUGAAAAGGACACUAUGUUUAUAGCUUGGAUGAGAGCAAAUGCCAUGUAUGAAGAGGGGAAGGGAUUAACAUAUUCCGAGUUUCCAUCAUAUUUUGUCUUUGAUGAAGAUUCUCAAUCAUGGCAUCCUAGGAAAAAUGGAUAUUCUAUUGGGAGACUCCAAUAUAUACCUCAUGGAGUUGGUGAAUUAUACUACUUGAGAAUUCUAUUAACUCGCCAAAAAGGUUGCACCAGUUGGGAAAGCAUUCGCACUAUUGAAGAUGUUGUGUAUGCCUCUUUUCAUGAUGCGUGUUAUGCAUUGGGGUUGUUAGCAGAUGACAGAGAAUUUAUUGAUGCAAUCAUUGAAUCUAAUGAUUUGGCAUCAGGCAUACAACUACGAAAAUUCUUUGUUAUGUUGCUUACAACAAACACAAUGAGUAAACCUGAAUUUGUGUGGGAAAAGUCUUGGCGGAUUUUGUGUGAUGGUAUUGUUUAUGAAAGAAGAAAAAAACUACGCCUACCUGAUCUUCAUAUAAAAGAUGAAGAUUUAAAAAAUCUCUGUUUAGUUGAAUUGGAGAAAUUAUUGCACUUAAAUGGGAGGUCUCUAAAAGAUUAUCCAUGCUUACCGUAUUCUCAACUUUUUGAUGAUUGUCAGUAUGUUAACAAAUUUAUAGCUGAUGAAUUGAAUUAUGAUAAAGUUGCAAUGGCAAAUUUAAGCAACUCAUUACUCAGCUCAUUGACCGAAGAACAACAUCAGAUAUACAAUGAAAUAAUGAAAGCAGUGUUGUCUCAAUCUGGGGGUCUUUUUUUUCUGUAUGGAUUUGGAGGCACAGGAAAAACAUAUUUGUGGAACACUUUAUCUGCUGCAGUUAGGGCGGAAGGGUUGAUUGUAUUGAAUGUUGCUUCGAGCGGUAUUGCAUCUUUACUUCUCCCUGGGGGGAGGACUGCUCAUUCGAGAUUCAGUAUUCCUAUAUCUAUAAAAGAAUGCUCAACAUGCAAUGUAGCACAGGGUUCGCUAAAAGCAGAGUUGCUCCAGAAAACAAGCUUGAUAAUAUGGGAUGAAGCACCAAUGCUUAAUAGGUUUUGUUUUGAAGCAUUGGAUAGGACUAUGACUGAUUUGAUGAAGUCGUAUUCAGCCGUUGAUAAUGAUAAGCCAUUUGGUGGUAAAGUUGUUGUUUUAGGAGGAGAUUUCAGACAAAUUCUUCCGGUUAUUCAGAAAGGAAGUCGUUGUGAUAUAGUUAAUGCCACUAUCAAUUCUUCUUAUUUAUGGAAGCAAUGUCAAGUUCUUAGACUUACAAAAAACCUUCGGCUUAUGAGUUCUAAAUCUCCUGAUGAACAUGUUGAUAUUCAAACUUUUGCUGAUUGGUUGUUGAACAUUGGGGAUGGGAAAGUGAAUACAACUAAUGACGGGGUUUCUACCAUUGAGAUUCCAAAUGAUCUUCUUAUUUCCUCUUGCGACAAUCCUUUACAGAGUUUGAUUGAUUUUGCGUAUCCUUAUAUGUUGCAAAGUCUUGAGGAAAAAAAUUAUAAGUUCUUUGAAGAAAGAGCUAUUCUAGCGCCCACUUUAGAGAGCGUAGAAGUUGUUAACAAUGAGAUGCUAUCCAAAAUCCCAGGGGGUAUAAAAGAAUAUUUUAGUUGUGAUAGUACUUGCAAGUCUGAUGAUAACUCUGAAGUUGAAGCUGAAUGGUUUACCAGUGAGUUUCUGAAUAACAUUAAAUGUUCAGGAAUACCAAAUCACAAGUUGAUUUUGAAAGUUGGGGUUCCUAUUAUGUUGUUGCGUAACAUUGAUCAGGCUGGAGGUCUCUGUAAUGGUACACGAAUGAUUGUCAAAGAGUUGGGAAAAAAUGUGAUUGUUGCCAAUGUUGUCUCUGGGAAGCAACUAGGGGAGAAAGUACUUAUUUCAAGAAUGGAUUUAAUACCAACCGACUCUGGUUUGCCUUUCAAGUUUGUAAGGAGACAAUUUCCCAUAUCUCUAUGUUUUGCAAUGACAAUUAAUAAGAGUCAAGGUCAAACACUGUCACAUGUUGGAUUGUUUUUGCCAAAACCAGUAUUUACGCAUGGUCAGUUAUACGUUGCUUUAUCAAGGGUGAAGUCUAGGAAAGGUCUUAAAGUUUUGAUACUAGAUGAAGAUGGCUCAAUUUCAAAGGUUACAAAAAAUGUGGUUUACAAAGAAGUAUUUGAUAACGUAUAA